AUGGGAGUUGAAGAAUUUUCAGAAGAAAUAUAUUAUGAUUAUUUGCACACACAACAAGAAUUAACCAGAAAUUUAUUCUAUGGAUAUGAUGAAAGUGUAUCGCCUGUCUUUGUCAGAGGUAUGUGAUUGAAGAAAUAACGUCGUCACAUUGAAUUCAUCAUACAAGUUUUCAGGCAUAAGUGAUGAAAUCAUAACGUUUAAAAAUGCAAACUAUUCUCCAAAAUUUAACUAUACGGUAUAUGUUUACUACCUCAAAAUGAUUGAUAUGGAUGAACCAGCUGAAAAAGUUGAAUUUGUACUUGAAAUUAUGGAGGUAUGUAGAACUUGAAAAUACUUUUAUAUACAUGUUUUUCCUUUCAGAUCUGA